AUGGUUGCACGUCCCUUUGUUGUCCCUGCGCUCAAGAAGCACACCUCCACAGUGAUCAUGGCCCACGGGCUGGGAGACACUGGUGCCGGAUGGAUGGCUCUCGCCCAGAACUGGCGCCGCCGCGGCAAGUUCGAAGAGACUAAAUUCAUCUUCCCCAAUGCCCCCGAUAUCCCUAUCACAGUGAACUUCGGCAUGGAAAUGCCUGGCUGGUACGACAUCACCAAGCUCGGCCGCGACUUGGACUUUGAAGAAUCUGUCGCCAAUCAAGAUGAGCCCGGUAUCCUCCGCUCCCGCGAGUACUUCAACGGCCUUGUCAAGGAAGAGAUGGACAAGGGUAUCAAGGCAUCCCGCAUUAUCCUGGGUGGAUUCUCACAGGGUGGUGCCAUGUCUGUGUUCACUGGUUUGACCAGCACCGAGAAGCUGGGUGGUGUCUUUGGACUUUCCUGCUACCUCCUUCUCAGUGACCGGAUCAAAAACUACCUGCCCGAGGAGUGGGUUAACAACAAGACGCCUUUCUUCCUUGGUCACGGUCUUGACGAUCAGGUUGUUCCUUUCCAGUUCGGACAGAAGUCUGCCGAUAUGUUGAAGGAGCUUGGUGUUGAGGAUGUCAACUUCAACCGUUACGGAGGUCUUGGUCACUCGGCUGAUCCAUUGGAGAUUGAUGACCUGGAGAAGUUCCUUGAGAAGCAGAUUCCCGCUGAAGCCGAUGGCCCUGCUGCGGGUUUAUGA